AGUUUUAUCAAGGUUAGUCUCAAAAGUUUUAAUGUUUCAAAAAGAGUUUUGUCAUUUAAGCAGGCUAGAUGAUUUUGAAAAUAAUUUUUAUAAUAAUUAAUAUUUGCAUGAAACAACAAAAAUUAAUUUUUUUCUUGAAGACAGAAAGUGUACAUAUAGAACACAAAUGGAUAUUACAAAUAAAGCAUCAUUUAUUACCACUGCAGGUUUUUGCCCCGAUUGUGGAUCAAUAUUACCACUGCUUAAUAACCAGCGAGGAGUGACUUGUUAUUCAUGCUCGCGAAAUUGGGAACCUGAAGUUUUUGGAUAUAUGUCAAUGAUAUAUACAGUUACAUUCAAUAAUAAAGAUACAUAUACCUCCGCAAAACAAUUUGGUAAUAUUGAAGAACUAGAAGGUCCUAUUAUAAAUCGACAAUGUCUUCAUUGUAACAACAAUAAGAUGUCUUAUGCAACUUUGCAAUUGCGUUCAGCCGAUGAAGGUCAAACAGUGUUUUAUACAUGUACAAAAUGCAAAUACAAAGAAACUGAAAAUUCAUGAUUUAUAUUAAG